AUGGUGCGUCAAAACUUUCUUCCGUUGAUUUCAUUCGCAAGCUUUUUCGCUGUUCUUGUUCUUCUUGUUCAUGCUCAAGACCAAUCAGGUUUUGUCAGUAUCGAUUGCGGUAUACCUGAGGAUUCAAGCUACAACGAUAACAAAACAGACAUAAAGUACGUCUCAGAUGCUGCUUUCGUCGAGUCCGGGACAAUCCAUAGCAUAAAUCCUGAAUUUCAGACAACUUCUCUUGAGAAGCAGUUCCAAAACGUUAGGAGCUUCCCGCAAGGCAAGAGAAACUGUUACGAUGUGCAGCCUCCACGUGGAAAAGGCUUCAAGUAUUUGAUCAGAACACGUUUCAUGUACGGCAACUAUGACAAUCUUGGGAAAGCACCCGAGUUUGAUCUGUAUCUUGGAGUCAACCUCUGGGAUUCUGUUGCAAUAGACAAUGAAACCACCAUAGUUACCAAAGAGAUCAUCCACACUCUUCGUUCAGACCAUGUUCACGUGUGCCUUGUUGAUAAAGAAAAAGGAACCCCAUUCUUGUCUGUGUUAGAACUCAGGCUCUUGAACAAUGAAACAUAUGAGACUCCUUAUGAUUCUCUUAUGCUGUAUCGUAGAUGGGAUCUCGGGUCACUCGGAGAUCGUCCUGUCAGGUACAAAGAUGAUGUGUAUGACCGUAUAUGGAACCCUCUAAAGUUCCCAAACCAUAGAGUUUUCAGUACAAACCUCACGAUAGAUCCCAACAACAACAAUGGAUUUCAGCCUGCUCGUGCCAUCAUGAACACUGCUUCGUCGCCAUUGAAUGCAAGCUUAGACAUAAUCCUCUACUGGGAACCAACGAUCCCUUCGUGGAAGUUCUACGUGUACAUGCAUUUCGCUGAAGUUGAAGAGAUACCAAGCAACGAGACGAGAGAGUUCUCAUUGUUUUGGAAUGAUAAUACUACUCUGUAUGAUAGCUUUAGCCCUCGCUUCUUGUAUACAGACACACUCUUCACUCAGGAACCAGUCACUGGACCACUCCACGAGUUUCGUCUGCAACGAGCUGAUAAAUCUACGCUCCCACCAAUCAUCAACGCCGUUGAGACGUAUCGUGUCAACGAGUUUCUUCAGCCACCUACUGAUCAACAAGAUGUUGAUGCAAUUAUGAGAAUCAAGUCUAAGUAUGGAGUGAAGAAGAAUUGGCUUGGAGACCCUUGUGCACCUGUAAACUAUCCUUGGAGGGAUAUUAACUGCAGCUAUGUCGAUAAUGAGUCUCCGAGAAUCAUCUCUUUGAAUUUAUCCUUGAGUGGCUUGUCUGGCGAGAUUGAUCCAGCUUUCUCCAACCUUACAUUGAUACAGAAACUGGACUUAUCAAACAACAGUUUAACAGGAAAAGUACCUGAUUUCCUCGCCAAUUUACAUAAUUUGAUCGAAAUAAACUUGGAAGGAAACAAGCUAACGGGUGCUCUUCCGGUGAAACUACUAGAGAGAUCAAACAACGGAUCGCUUUUGAUGAGAUUUGGAGGGAAUACGGACCUCUGCGUUUCUGCUUCCUGUCAAAAUCUGGAUUUGAAGACAAAGAAGAGUGCAUACAUGAUUCCAUUAGUAGCAUCUGUCGCAGGAGUGAUUGGUCUUGUAAUUGCAAUAGCUCUGUUCUUGCUGUGCAAGAAGAGACAUCAACGUGGCGGCCCUAACAGUGCUAGGACUGGGCCACUGGAGACAAUAAAACGAUAUUACAAAUACACAGAAGUUGUGAAAAUGACAAACAACUUUGAGAGAGUUCUUGGGAAAGGAGGCUUUGGAAAAGUGUACCAUGGUGUCUUAAAUGAGGACCAAGUCGCUGUCAAGAUUCUGUCUGAAUCAUCAGCUCAAGGGUACAAAGAGUUCAAAGCAGAGGUCGAACUUCUCCUGAGAGUUCAUCACAAGAACCUAACUGCUCUUAUCGGAUACAGCAACCAAGACAAGAAGAUGGCUCUUAUCUACGAGUUUAUGGCUAAUGGAACCUUAGGAGAUUAUUUGUCAGGGAAAAAUUCGUAUGUUUUGAGCUGGGAGGAGAGGCUACAGAUAUCAUUAGACGCAGCACAAGGACUUGAGUACCUUCACAAUGGCUGCAAGCCUCCCAUUGUACAAAGAGAUGUGAAGCCGGCUAAUAUUCUCAUCAACGAGAAGCUUCAGGCCAAGAUUGCUGACUUUGGGUUAUCUAGAAGUGUCUCAUUGGACGGUAAUAACCAGGAGACAACCGAUGUUGCUGGAACUAUCGGUUAUCUCGACCCUGAGUACCACUCGACGCAGAAACUAAGCGAGAAGAGUGAUGUCUACAGCUUCGGUGUGGUUCUUUUAGAGGUUGUCACGGGCCAACCUGUGAUUAAACAUUCCGCAACAAGAGCAGAGAACAGACACAUAACCGACCGGGUCAAGUUUCUUCUGUCCACAGGAGAUAUCAGAGGUAUUGUGGAUCCAAACCUAGGAGAGAGUUUUGAUGCUGGUUCUGCAUGGAAUAUCACUGAAGUAGCAAUGGCUUGUGCGUCUCAUAGCUCUAAAAAUAGACCGACGAUGAGUCAGGUAGUGGCUGAGCUGAAGGAGAGUGUAAGCAGAGCAAGAGCCGGUGGUGGUUCUGGCGCCAGUGAAUUUACAGAGCCGGCGAUGACGACUUCUGACUCGGGAAUGUUUCCUCAGGCCAGGUAG